AUGGCAAAUGAACCAGUGAUUCUCAAUGUUUACGAUAUGUAUUGGAUUAAUGAGUACACAUCCACUCUUGGAAUCGGGGUUUUUCAUUCUGGUAUUGAGGUCUAUGGAAGAGAGGCCAUCGCUCUUGGCACCACAGACUUUGCAGAGGAGGAUGUCGACAAGAUUAUUGAAGAGCUUGGAAAGGAGUUCAAGGGCAAUGCCUACCAUCUCAUGCACAAGAACUGUAACCACUUCUCAGCAGGCCUGGCAGAGAUUCUGUGUGGGAAGGAGAUCCCUCGCUGGGUGAACCGGCUGGCGUACUUCAGUUCGUGCAUCCCGUUCCUGCAGAGCUGCCUCCCCAAAGAGUGGCUCACGCCCGCCGCUCUGCAGAGCCACAUCAGCAGCCAGGGUCUAAACAAGGACGAUCACAGCGACUCAGGAAACGAGGCGGCGUCCCCUUCCACCUCGGGCUCGGCAGCGACCGCUUCAGGGACGACCAGGACCUGCCGGCACACCCGUGUCUAA